AUGAGAGUCUCUUUCACUUCGAAAGCUGCUCUUGCAGUCUUGACGCUGCUCAGCUCUUCGCACACCGUCGACGCACACACUUGGAUGGAAUCGUUACGCCGCAUUUCCCCGAGCGGCAGCUUCGUAGGACCACCAGGAUACCAACGAGGUUUCAAAGCAAGAGGAAGUCCCGGGUUCAAUGACGAUGCAUUGGUCUACAGACUUACAGGGCCAACAAUCCCCGAUAGCGCUCCAAUGUGCAAGGACACCCAAAAGUCGGGAAGUCAAGGAACCUACGCAAAGCUCGAAGCCGCACCUAAAGACUUUAUCGCCUUACAGUAUUUGGAGAACGGUCACGUCACUAAGCCUACCGGUCCACGACCUUUCGGAAACGGCACCGUUUAUGUUUAUGGCACCAAGACACCUUCCGACUCUUUCACAUUCAACGCAAUCCACAAGAAAUGGAACAUCGACGGCACCGGUGGAGACAAGAAAGGAAAGCUUAUCGCAACAAGAUACUACGAUGACGGCCAGUGCUACCAGAUGAAUCCUUCCGAACCUAUUUCGGUAGGCCGAUCUAAUAAAUCUGGUGUCAAGUCGGAGGUUCCUUGCCAGACAGAUGUUCAACUUCCAGAAGACGCAGGAACCAGCGGUGAUUACACUCUAUACUGGGUCUGGGAUUACGCUCUCAUGGGUGGGGACUCAGGAAAACAAGCCAACAAUGAGCUCUAUACUGCUUGCAUGGACAUUAGCAUGACAUCGCAACCUGCCUCGGAUACUGGUGCAGCUGCAAAUGACAUCCUCAACCGAGCGAUUCCUAAGCAGAUGAAGAAUCUCUUCCUCGCAAACCCUACCAGCGAAGCCUCAACCAGCCCUGCACCAUUUGAUGGAGCAAAGCCUGCAGUUCCCAACCAAGGAGGUGCAUCGAGCGCUGCUCCACAACCAACUGGAUUGCCUCAAUCCUCAGCAGUGCAGCCACCUGUCCAAGGUCCAGUCACCGUACCCGUUCCUGCUAAUGGGCCCGUUACCGUAACCGUCACCCAAGUACCAGUUUCUACGGUCUACGUGACCCGCGAUGGUGCUGCCCCGGCCGCUUCUUCGAUUGCUGGUGCGCCAGUUCCAAAAGGGCCACCAGGUGUCCCAUCUGCAGCUCCAUCUGUUCCAACAGGAGGCGUCUACGUCACCGGCGGUCCUGGACGCGCUUCUCCACCACCAUCGACACUCCUCACCGUCGUUCAACCCACUGGUGCUCCAACUGGCCGUCCUUCAGUCAUUCCAUUCACGAUGAACCCUGCCAAUGCAGCGCCUUCUGCCGCUGCUAGACCUGCUGGGAGAUUCCGUCGGGCCAACGCCUAA